AUGUAUGAGAAGAUAAUGAAUAAUAUAGAAGAACCUAUAACACCAACAGAAUCAACAACAACAACAAACGAAACGACACCAACAACAACUGAAAUCCCUACAACAGACCAAAAUCAUUUGGAUUUCAAAAUACCGAAUUGUGAGACCAGUGGCUGUGAGAAGCAAUCAUUAAAAUAUUGUCUGAAAUGUGUAAAGUAUCUUUGUGAAACACAUGAUUCUGUUCACAAGAAGAUACCGACAAUGAAAUCACAUACAAGAGAAGAUUCUGGAAAGGUCGCAAAGUUCAAGUUCAGAUUGGAAUGUCCAGAUCACACCCAAGAUGUCUCAAACGAUCUAAAGACAAAAUUCAUUUAUAUCUGUCCGAAAACCAGAGGUUUGAAAUUUGGUCAAAAGUUAGCAGAUGUUUCAAAACAUGGUGAUAAACCAUAUCAUCAAGUUAGUUUUAUUGGUCCUUCAGGUUGUGGAAAGAGUACAAUGAUUAGACUGUUAGCAGAUGAUAAAAUACUUCCAACACCAGCUGUUAAAGGUGCUGUCGAUCCAACUUCAUCUGAUAUCAAUGCAUAUCUAUCUCAUCUUGAUGACCAAAACGAUGAGUUUAUUUAUGUUGACAGUGAAGGAACUGGUGGUUCAAUGUCAAAUACCAUGCUGCUAAGUAGUCUUUCCGAGGCAAAAGAGUCAAGUCCAGCUGGGGCUGAUCCUAAGGAGGAAGUAUCUCAAGUCUAUGAUGAGGAGAUGAACCAGUUCAUUGCGGCAAGAGAGCCAUUCGUUUCGAAAUCAUUUCCAAGAUUAUUAUAUUUAUUCUCCGAUGUACUUGUUUUCAUGUUCACCGGUGAAGCUAGAGAACGUCAAACCGUUCUUGAAUCAUUGAUUCUCUAUGGAUCAUCAGCAUCGGCAGCAUCGGUCAAUCAAUCAAUACAUCCUCAUUUGGUAAUUGUUUUCAACAAUUCCAAUACAACCAACAAAGAUGACUUUGAUAUUGACAAGGCCACCGAACAAUAUCUUGACAAUCAAAGUGAGAAUACUCACAAAUUGAAAUGUCUUUACCAAUCGAUAUCCGUAGUUUAUGUUCCGAAUGCCAAUGGAAGUACAUUAUUAACAGCUCAACAACAGAUCGAGAAACUUGGAGAUCUCAUCAAACAGAAACUCAGAAUCAACAAAUCAACCAAAGAAUCCAAACCAGAAUACUCUCGUUCCAAAGUUCUUGAAUAUAUUGACAAAGCGAUGACAUCUUUCAAUCAUGACCGAAAUUCAAAGAUUGAUUUCUUCAAACUUGUCACCAUGAAUGACCAGAACACCUCUAUUUCAUCAAAUAUCUUCAAGUUUGCUAACUUAGUUUUCGAAUAUUACGGAGAAAAAUCAGAAGAUAUCCACAAGUCUUUUAGUGAAGCAAAUGAAAUUUUAGAGAAUGCUGUUAUUGUAUCAUAUAAACACUAUUGCAAGAGGAUUUCUGGAAUUGACCCAAGAAUUGGUCAACCAGAUGCUCAAUUUAUUGGUGCAUUCGUUGACAUAUUAAAUCAAGUUGAAGAGAAACUUCAAGAGUUUAAGCUAUGUGGCUCAACGUACUAUUCUGAAAACCUUAAGAAACAUGUACUUUGCCAAUCCAGAAAGAAUAGCCAUGGAUCGAAGCACGAAAGUACCGAGGUUGUUUCUCUUGAACUAUCAAAGGAACAGGCUGAUUUCUUGAGGACUGUUGGAAUUAAGAAUGGUAAUAAUAAAAAGAUAACAUGGAGUGGAGAGUUUGAAAAUUCUUUACAAUCUGGAACAUUGGCCGAAAGAUGUCAGAGAGCACUCAGAUCUCCAAAAACAGUUUUCAAAACUGCAGAUUGGGAAUCUGGACAUCUUUCCAAAUAUUCAAAUUUCUGGUCAAUCUGUAAUGUAUGUCUUUUAGAUUUCCCAAGUGAAGUUCGAAAUCAAUGUGAACAUUUCGUUUGUUAUCAAUGUUGUAAAGAAUCACCUUUAUUCUGUCCAAUUUGCAAGAAGCAUUCCAUUUGGGUUGACAGAUCGAUUCCCGAGAAUGCAGCACUUAGAGUUUUAUGUUUAGAAGGUGGAGGACUCCUAUUCUCAGCAUCACAAAGCACAGUUAUUGAUGAAAUUGAAAAGAGAUUAUAUGGAAUACCAAUUUCACGAUUAUUUGAUAUGGUCUCUGGAAUUGGAACUGGUGCACUGAUUGGAUUAGUAUUCCUCUGUGGAAACAAGAAGUUGUCAACUGUCAUCGAGAUGAUUGAUAGAUUCUCUGAUCAAACACACGGCAUGCUUAAACUGUUGGGUAAUCUGGAAAAAGAAGACAAAAACUUUUCUAUGGAUAAAAUGACUAGUCUAUUGUUUCAAGUUACCUCUGAAAGUCUGUCCGGAUAUAUACCAAAUGCCAAUAUCUUUACAACACCAAUGGAUUGUAAAUUCAUUUGCUCCACUGUUUCCAAAAACUUAAUUAAUCCAAACAUUGCUCAAGCCGGAAACUAUAAUGCACCUCUACAAGUGCGCGUUGAUAGCCUUAGUAGAAUGUCAACAGCAUUAUUAAUUGACUCUGAUCUUCAUGAUACAAAGCACCACCCAAUUAAAUUUACCAUUGGUGAAUGUGAAAGAUAUUGGGGUAUAAAUCAGAAAGAUGGAUUAGUUAAAUCCAAACAAAUCGAUUUGGUUGCAUCAAUUGGAAAUGGAUCAAUAAGUAUCACUCCAGAUUCAGAUGCAAAUGAAGAGUGGCAAUCACAUAUAUCGAAAUAUUCACAAUCGAUUUCAAAGAUGUUUAGAAUCGAUACUGUUUUACCAGAUGAAAUAUUUAAAACCGGAAAAAAAUCAGAGAUUGUUUCAUCAAUUUCCAAUGAAACCAGAAAAUAUUUAAACACCAAACAAGAAACAAAAGAAGAACUCAAAAUUUUAGUGAAUAAUUUGAUUGCUCAAUUAUUUUUUGUCCAAGUGAAUCCGAGAAUUGCAAACACCAAGACAGUAACUGGUAUCAUUCGAUGUCGAUUACCAAACAAUCAAAUUCCAAAUGAAAUCAUAUCACAAAUCCAAUCAUCAUCCAAACCAUUCUCAUUAUCAGAUCACUCUGGUCUUCCUGAUGAUUUCCAAUUCACAUUCAAUAUUGAUAGCAUCAAAUAUGAACCAACUUUGGAGAUUCCAUUCUCAAUUGACAAUGUUGAAAUCUAUAAUUCAUUCAACAUAUCAAUCCAAUGUAAUCUUAAAUGUAAAGAUUCUGAUCAACCCAUCCAAUCAAUUAAUUUCGAAUUGUCCAAUUAA